UUAUCAUGGGCCUGCGGAGCAAUCCCCUCAGUAUAUUUCUCCAACUACCUGCAACUACACGGACGAUGGAGACCUCUCCUUACACCAGUUCUCCUAUCACACUAUGUAUCGGCCCACAACAAAAACAAUAUUACAUCUCGCAUGAGCUCUUGCAAAAGCCGGAAUGGAUUGCUUCUGUUGAUCCCUCAUGGGGGGCACGCAGUAUACAUUUACCUGAUUUAAAUGAGGACUCUGGUCACGUACUGGUUCAUUAUCUAUACACUGGCACAUAUCAGACGCUCAACGACUUCAAGGCCUCUCCAGGCGACAAACCCAUAAAUGAGUUCAAGAGAGCUGUUCAAGUCUACACAAUGGCAAUGACAUACGAGCUGGAUGGCCUACAGCAGCUGGCGAAGCAAACUAUUGAACAUCUCGGCGCUGGAAUGAACAUCUUUGCCAUAAUUGAGGCCACGAAGGACAACUUCUCGAAACUUCCAGGCGAUGCUACCUGGUUCCAUGACUAUUUGGACAUGAAAGUCAAAAGUGCAUUCGCAGAAGACCACACAAUCUUUGCGAGAGAUGACUUCUUUUGCUGCAUUGACGACGUUACUUUGACAAGAGUCCUAGCAAAAGGCGUUGUGGAGCUUUACAACAACAAGAUUUCGCAUAUGCUCACACAGAGGGGGCCGGUUCGCGGCGUUUCUGAAGAAGGUAUUCCUGCCACUCAAAACUCACCCAUGAAAAAGGCGUCGGGAGAAAGUAACUUUGCUGCCAUUGGGGAGGAGCUGGAGUUUGUGGAGCCGUCGUCUCCGCCUCCCGAUCCUACACCAUCGGAUGAUAGCUGGGGUACGUCGGAGUGGAUCGUGAAGAAGAAGAAAGGCAAGAAAAAUAUAAGAUACUUUGGAGGUUGGGCACCACCAUCACCUCUAGAAAUCGAGCCUGAGCCCGAGCCCGAGCCUGAGCCUGAGCCUGAGCCUGAGCCUGUAUACCUGGACGACGAGAACCUUGAAGAACUAUUGACACCAGUACCUGAACCCGAACCUGAAGAGCCACUGAUACCGGAGCCAGAGCCAUAUGUUGAUCAUUCCGCCGGCCUGAACAAAUCUCAUCGAAGGAGGUUGAAGAUGGCGCAAUUUGAUCUCGAUUUGGACACGUGGACAAAAAUAGUACAAAGGAACAAUAACAGAGGGGGGGGGUCCGAAUCUAUACACGAGCCUGAACCUGAAUUGGAGCCCGUGGCCGAACAUUCAAAGAUGGAAGGACAAUCAGCAGAGCCUGCUACAGCUGAUAUUGAAAUGUGCCCCUUCCGUGUGAAGCAUUUGCUUGAGGGGAAUGGGUGGAAAACUUGUAAGCAAUGCCGAGCCGUUCUGCGCCAGGUUGCCAUCCAGAUUGCCCAUGCGGGCGUCAAAGGUGAGGACCAAUACGAGAUGGUUGACCAGGUGCUGAUGGAGUAGUUUCGGGAGACCUCCUUAGUUCGUUGUUUGUUUCAGUAAGAUGAUGAAUUUGGUGUGGGAAUCUUGAGCCAUCAUCUUGAGUGAGUCUGGUGUGUGAGAGAUUAUCAAACGUAAUAUGUGUAUGAGGUGGACAUAGACCGGUAAUCUGUUGUAUAAUUUGAUGUUGUAUAGUCACUUGAUGAGAGGUUGUCGCGUUACCGCCUGAUAUCCGCCUG